AUGUCAUCGUCGGACAUUUUUGAUAUCCUUAACAUAAGAUCAAAAUCACAAAGCCCACAAAAUGAUGAUACAGGUACUGCAAAUAAAUCCAAAUUACUUAGUUCUAAUGAGAAAAGUAGUUUAAAUUUAUCUUCUUCCUUAAGUGGCAACAAUGUUCAGCCAAUAAAGGCUACAACUUCUAAACCCCAGGUAACUGGGAUGCAAAGAGAAUUAUAUAAUUUAUUGGGUGAAAACCAACCACCAAUUAUGGUUCAACCAGCUAAUCGGUUCAAAGACAAGAUGGCAGGAAAACCGUCCCCUUGGACAUAUGCAGAGUUUUGGUCUAGUGAUCAAACAGAUAUAAAAAAAAGAGUUAAACUAAAACACUGGGUAAAGGGGUCUAAAAAUUUAGUUGGUGAUGUUCCUCAAACCUCCACUUUCUGCAAAUUUAAUCAACAUUUAACAUUACCACGAUUUACAAAAGAAGAGUACCAAUCAUUUAUGGAAUUGGCCAGAAAGAGAAGAGUUCAGGAGAAAAGUGAUAGUUUGGAAAGAACACCAAUCCAGAAUUCACAAGAAAAUUUGCCAAUAGAUGGCACCACAAGUGAGAAAAAUACUGAUCAAAGAAACCAUAGCGAACUAAAGGAUUGUAAGCUAGACAACAAAGAAGAAACGUCUACUAAAUCUGUAGAUGAUAAUAAAUUAGAUACAAGUAGUUCCAUUGAAACAGUCAACGAUAAGGAGAAUAAAGUUAAUAAAACAAAUUCACCCAUUGAAUCAAAUCAAGCUGAUAAUACUGACGAAAAAUCUAAUGAUAAAUCUACUGCCAAGAUUAAUGAAAAAGCUGCAACUGAGAUCAUCACAUAUGGUACUAAGGACCACAAUCAGACUAGCUCCAAUGAUGAUAGCAGUUUGGAUAAAGGUAAUACAACUGGUAUUACAAAUAUAAAUGUAGAUGAAAAUAAGAAUGAAUGGGAUUAUGAAGAAGUUAAUUAUCUUUUCUGGUUGUGUCGAAAAUAUGACUUAAGGUGGUUUAUUAUAUACGACAGGUAUUAUUAUGAGUCCGCAGAACAUCGAACUCUCGAAGAUUUAAAAGAUAAGUUUUAUGAAGUUUGCCAGAACUAUUUUGCAGCAAGAAAUAGUAAGGAUCCUCUUUUAGAAUCACUAAAGUAUGACAAGGAAAGAGAACUAGAGAGAAAACAAUAUCUAAAUAGAUUAUUGUCACGUACUGCAGCAGAAAUUGCUGAAGAAGAAGCUUUAAUUAUGGAAUCCAAAAAAUUUGGAAUGGCAGCUAAAAAAAUAUUGAAUGAAAGAGAAUCAUUAUUGAGACUAUUAGAUUCUCCAAACUCAGAUCAAAAUAGUUCCCAAUAUAUGACAUCACAAGGUAUAUCACAGUUAUAUAAUACCCUAUUAACUGAUAAAAACCGUAAGCGUAAGCAUGAUUCUAGUAUUCCAGAAAACCCAUGGAUGAAACAACAACAGCAAUUUGCCCAACAGAAGCAACGAUUGCAGCAAUUACAUGAAAAAAAGCGAUCUGAACUUUCAGAACCAAAUACUAAAACCACAGCUGUAUCAAAAUCUCUCUCUAUGGAAACUCCAGAUUUGUUAACUAAUCGUACGAAUUCAAGUGGUGCAGAUACAAGGGUAGCAACCUCUACACCCUCCACAACAUCACCGCGUAAGACAAAAAAACAAAAACUCGAACUACAGAAUUCGAUCAAGAGAAAAAACGAAGUGCAGUUUGUGGAACAUAUACUGCAAAAUUUUACUGAAGAGGAAAAGAAAUCUCUUGGCGUUAUUGCCCAUGGUGAAAAGUUAUACCCAGGUGUUUAUUUAAGAGGAACAAAAAUAUCUACUUUUAAACCUGCUUUACAAAAUAAAGUAAUAGGUGUUCUACAAGAACUAGGGUUACCAGCGAGACCUGCAAUGCCCUCUUACGAUGUAGUACAGGUCCAAGAAAAACUAUUAAAACAAAUAGUGAAAUUACUUGAUUUAAAGAAACAGAUGGAUAAACUUGAUGCAGAGAAGGCUGUUAGAGAAUAA